CUGCAAGGUUUAUCCGAGCGUCGCGAUGCAUAGCCAUGCGCGGGAAAAGUGCCACUUGGAAGCGUUGCUGUACUGCGUCUUUGACAAGGAUGCAGGGCCGAUUGUCCAAUGUGCCGAUCCCGUGGGCGCAGCCACGACCGAGUUUCAGCUUGUGGGCCACUACCUGAUCCCGGACUCUGUGGUCCAGGGCAGAGUGGUCUCUGUGGUUUGCGGCGACCAUGUAAUGAUGGGCACACCCGUCUACAUCGAGGACAAUAGCUACUUUCGGAACUGCUUCCAGUUCAACAUAUGCAUGGUCAUUGAUGCCACCAGGCACCAUGAGCCUUACCGUGACAUCGCACAGUUGCUGGCCAUGUCCUUCCAAACUCUUGAGGUGGAAACAAAGCUCCUUUCGAACCCGCGAGAAGGCACUUCAAUCCAGGCGAUCCUGACGCAGCUCAGGGCGCAGCUCAAUGAGUCGGAGGAGUGCUUCGUGACAACUGACAGCUGCCACGCGAUCUCCUUCAAGGUUCGCAGAUGGACGCCCGCACUGACCAAGAUCGAGGACGAGACGGCAGUACCGGUGCCACUACUGGAUCUGCAGGAGCUCUUGAACCCGGAGAGGUCCAAUGUGCCACAGGAAAUCGCCAUGCCGUUUAGCCUGGAUCCAGCUUUGGCGGCCGUCCUGCCUCUCAUCGACGGGGUGCGAAGCGUGCAGACCAUAGCUCAAGACAGCCCCUUGAGGAGCGACUACGUGAAGAUGAUCCUCAGACACCUGCUGCACUUUGACCUCAUUCACUUGAUCCCCAGUAUAACAUUGGACAGCAGAUAUAGGCUGACGCCAGCAUACCACACUGUGCUGGAGGACGCGGAGAAGGUGGAAGAGGCCGUGCGGUACAUCACAGCAGGCAGCUGGAAUGGUGAGGGCCUUGCCAAGGAGGAGAAGGAUCAAGUCAUCCAAAGAGUGAUGGCCCUUUAUGCGCUGGUGGCCUGCGAGGGCAAGCCAGUUGAGCAGUUCAAGCAGGAAGAGGCCGAGGAGGUUGCUGCCCUGAACAUCUCCCUGAGACACUUCAUCACAUGGGGCCUUCUUCAGGGGUACCUGGAGCGCGUGGAGGACAACGUCGGCAGCUUGAACAAGGCCCAAGCUGACGAGCUCUUCCAGCUGCGCACGGAGGAUAUCCCCAAGCUAAAGAAGCACCUGAAGGAGAAGGGCUGGUCGGGACAACAGGUGAACCAAGACAGCAGGGUCAAGGAGAUGGUGAAGCGGAUGGUCGAGCUAAGAGAUUUCGAAGCUUAACGCCGGCAGCCCACGUGCCGCGCACGAGGCAUUGUUCAGGGCGAAGUGCCACCGGCAAAAGCGGCCAACUCCAAACCAAGUCUGAGGGCCUUUUCAUCGAAAUAGAGGCCCUUUCGAUUUGAGCUUGAAACUGGUGGCUUCUAGGGGCCUGUCAUCGCAGCUUGCGCGAGGAGGAC